AUGCCUCUGCCUCUCCCUGCCGUGCAGAAGAGCUCACCCCUGGCCUCAGCCUGGGACCCCGCCGACGACAGCAGCCUCGGCCCGGUGGUCUGCUCCAUCUGCCUGGACGCCUUCCGUCACCCGGUCACCACGGCCUGCGGCCACAGCUUCUGCAUGACGUGCCUGCACGGCUUCUGGGACCACCAGGCCAGUCUGGGCGAGACCCUCUCCUGCCCGCGCUGCUGGCAGAGCUUCCCGGCCCCGCCGCACCUCAGCAAGAACGUCCUCCUGGAGGAGCUGGUGGGCUCGGGGGGCGGGGCCGCGGGGGCCUCGCGGGACCUCCUCGUGCCCUGUGGCUCCUGCGGCCCCCAGAAGCUCCAGUCGUGCCUGCAGGGUGAGGCCUCCCGGGGCGACGACCAGCUGCUCCGGGACCACCCGCCGCCCGAGCCCACGUGCCUGCAGCACCGCCAGCCGCUGCAGCUCUUCUGCCGCACGGACGGCUGCUGCGUGUGCCGCGCGUGUCUGCAAGAGGGCCACGAGGACCACGACACCGUCCCCAUGGAGGAGGAGCGCGCCAGCAAGGAGGCUGAGGUGCGGAAGGAGCAGGCCAACUUGGGCAACAAGAUGCUGAUCAUCUCCGGGGACAGCCAGCAGCACCGCGGGCGGGUGGCCGCACUCUCGAAGCUGGUCGGCGCGGCCCGAGAGGAGGUCAACAGCUGCUUCCUGGACGUCAUCCGGGAGGUGAAGGAGCUGCAGCGGCGGGUCCUGGGCUUCCUGGAGCAGGAGAAGCUGGAGGCCCUGGGGCAGCUGGACAGCUCCGUCCGGCAGAGCCGCGGCCGCCUGCUGCGGCUGGAGGAGGACAGCCGCGGGCUCCGGGCGCUGCUCGGCCUCCCCAGCGACCACGAGUUCCUGCAGGCGUUCCCCGGGCUCCAGCAGAGCCCCGAGUCCCAGGCCCCGCUGACGGGCGUCCGGUGUGAGGAGGAGGCGAGCUUCCCGCGGCUGCGCGGCACCCUGGCCGAGCUCCGGAGAGGGCUGCGGGAGACGGGCCUCAGUUUCCUCAACCAGCUGCUGCUCAAGGGCAUCAAGAUGAGCUCUUACGAGGUGCUGCCCGCCCCCGUGGACAGGAAGACGCUGAUGCAGUGGUACCGCAACCUGAGCUUCGACCCCAGCGCGGCGGGCGCGGAGCUGCUGCUGGUCCCCGAGGCGCACGCGGUGCUGAACGUGGGCGUGGCGCUGGCGGGGGGCGCCGCGGGGGGCUUCGCGCAGUGGCCGCAGGCGCUGUGCGCGCCCGGCCUGGCGGAGGGCCGCCACUACUGGGAGGCCGACGUGCCCGACGCGUGGGUAUGCGUGGGCGUGACGGCGCGCCGCGCGCCCCCCGCGCCCCCGCGCCGGCCCGUGGCGGGGCUGCUGGGCCGCAACCCCGACUCGUGGUGCCUCGAGUGGGACUCGCUCGAGUUCGCGGCGUGGACGGACAACACGCGCACGGCGCUGCGCGGCCGCUACUACCGCACGCUGGGCGUGGCGCUGGACUGCGCGGCCGGCUGCCUGUCCUUCUACGGCGUGGCCGGCGGCGUGGACCUGCUCUACCGCUUCCUGGCCGCCUUCCCGCGGCCGCUCUACCCCGCCGUGAUGGUCAGCGGCGGCGCCUCCGUCACGCUCCGGCAGGUCCCGUAG